AUGACCUUGAUGAACCUCCGGCAGCCCGCGCUCUACGCGAUCCCGACCCCGCACACUCCAUUCCGGUCCGCACACGUACCGCUCCGCCGCUGUACCGCCGCGGCCCCGGGCCCCGCCCGGCCCGCCGUCCGCUCCGGCGGCCCCGCCGCGCCGGCGUCCCCGCGCGAGUCCGGCCGCAUCCGGCGUGAGUUUUAUGUCCGCAGCGCUCCGCACUCCGCCCGCGCCCACGCCGCCCGACGCCGCCGCCCGGGCCCGGCCGCGCGCGCACCCCGCCGCCGCCGAGGGGCGGCCGCCGCGCGUCCGGGCGCACCGCGCCGGCGGGAAUCCGCCCGGCGGGCCCGCCGCCCGACGUCCGCGGCCCGCCCGCGCGGCCCGGCGCCCGGCCGCCCCGAAGUAGGCCCGCCGCCCGGCGCCCCGCCCGGCCCGCCCCCCGGCCCCAGUCCGCUAAAAGCAGCCGCCGCACCCCGCCGCGCACGCCACGUCCGGCCCCGUCAUACCGCCCGCCGCCGGAGCCGGGGCGCCCCGCCUCCGCCGGCCGCCCGGCGCCUCCGCCGCCCCGCCGGCCACGCGCCGCCCACCCUCCGCGCGCCGGCCGACCCGCGCGCCCAGCCGCCCCCGCCAGACGGAGUCCCGCCUACCCGGGCUCCCCCCGCCGCCACGCGGCGGGCCCACCCGCGUCGCGCGGCCCCCGCCCCCAUGCGCGCCCACUCCGCACCCCGCGCGUCACACCGAGACCGUUGCCAACCUCAGCCUCCGUCAAAGGUGGGCCAUCUAAAACAAUUACAUAGAAAUCGCGAAUACCAUCUUUACAUUCUAUCUUAG